CUCAUCAUUAGUCAUAGAACACUUCCUGCUUUCAUCACCAAACUCCUUUAGCACAAAUAUAACCAUUCAGGAAACCUGAAGUCAUGCUGAGCAAGUUGUCCCUUGAGACAGCAUAUAACUGCAACACAUGGAGAUUUCAGAUAGCCAUCUAAAUGACCACUUCUUGUUCCCUAAGUAUAGAUUGAAAUAUGUUCUGUCUUUUACACAUUCACUUCCUUGUAAUCAGGGGAGAAGAAGGAUAUGACAGAGCACUUACUUUCGUUUUCUUACUAUUUUAAUUCCUACAUUUUUUUUUUUCAUGUCGGACUACUGAUUUGAUUGAAUGCCGCAGGAGGACUCUGUUUGAGCAUGCGCAGUACCCUGUCAGCAUGGAGUUGAGGAAGUUUUGUGCCAGAGGCACCUGAGCGUAAAUGGUCUCUUAUUCAAACCACUACGGGAACGUUUCUACACAUGUGUUGACAGUGGAAGUUGAAAGUGAAAACAGCGAUGAUCUCAUCUACUGAUCUGGAGCAGCUGGCUGAAAUAGAGCUGCAGAAGGAGGAGGAUGAGGAACAGGGUCGUCAUGGGUACCGUCCGGAUCGCCCUCCAGCCCCACGUAGAGUCAGCUUCAGCCAGGACACCUCUCACCCCUACUACGAUGUGGCUCGACACGGGAUCCUACAGGUCACAGGUGAUGAUAACUAUGGCAGGAAGCUAGUGAUCUUCAGUAGCUGCCUGAUGCCCCCCUCCCAUCAGCUCAACCACCACCACCUACUGCAGUAUCUGAUGUAUACUCUGGACCAGUAUGUAGAGAGUGACUAUACGGUAGUGUACUUCCACCAUGGUCUCCGCAGCUGCAACAAGCCCUCGCUACACUGGCUUCGAAACGCCUACAGAGAAUUUGACAGGAAGUACAAGAAGAACCUGAAAGCCCUCUAUGUCGUCCAUCCUACUAACUUUAUCAGAAUCAUCUGGAAUAUAUUCCAACCACUCAUUAGUCACAAGUUUGGUAAGAAGCUGACCUAUGUAAACUACCUGUCUGAGCUCAGAGAUCACCUGAGCUGGGAUCAGCUCAUCAUCCCACCUGAUGUCCUCAGGCAUGACGAGAGGCUGCAGGCGGCCCAGAAGGGAGGUCUGCACCCCUCAUCUAAGACUCCUCCCCCCAGACCUCCUCUGCCCACUCAGCAGUUUGGAGUCAGCCUGCAAUAUAUUGCUGAGAAGAACCAGGGAGUUAUGAUCCCUCCUGUGAUGUCCCAGACUGUGGCUUAUCUCAAAGACAAUGGCCUCCAGACAGAAGGUAUCUUCAGGAGGUCCGCUCGUGUUCAGCUCAUCAAGGACGUCCAGAAGCUCUACAACCAGGGGAAGCCAGUGGUGUUCGAGCAGUACGGAGACAUCCACGUGCCUGCUGUCAUCCUGAAGACCUUCCUCAGAGAGCUUCCUGAACCUCUGCUCACCUUCCCCCUCUACCACCAGAUACAGGACGUAGUCCGAGUGGAGAGCAGUCUACGAGUGACCACCUGUAAACACAUCCUAGAGAGACUACCAGAACACAACUACAUGGUGUUGAAGUACCUGCUCUGCUUCCUGAACAUGGUCUCUCAGCAGAGUAUCAUCAACAAGAUGUCUCCCUCCAACCUGGCUUGUGUGUUUGGUGUCAAUCUGUCCUGGCCUUCUCAGGGCUCUGUCUCUCUGACAUCUCUAACACCGCUCAACAUCUUCACUGAGAUCCUUAUAGAACAUUACCAUACAGUCUUCAGCUCCCGCUGCCCACAAGCAGAGGUACUGCCCUGAUACCAGCCCUGAUACCAGCCCCGGGACCAGCCCCGAUACCACCUGAUACCAGCCCCGAUACCACCUGAUACCUUCCCCCGAUGCCAGCCCCGGUACCGGCCCCGAUACCACCUGAUACCAGCCCCGAUACCACCUGAUACCAGCCCCGGGACCAGCCCCGAUACCACCUGAUACCAGCCCCGAUACCACCUGAUACCUUCCCCCGAUACCAGCCCCGGUACCGGCCCCGAUACCACCUGAUACCAGCCCCGAUACCACCUGAUACCAGCCCCGAUACCAGCUGAUACCAGCCCCGAUACCACCUGAUACCAGCCCCGAUGCCAGCCCCGGUACCACCUGAUACCAGCCCCGAUGCCAGCCCCGGUACCACCUGAUACCUUCCCCUGAUACCAGCCCCGGUACCACCUGAUACCAGCCCCGGUACCACCUGAUACCUUCCCCCGAUACCAGCCCCGGUACCACCUGAUACCUUCCCCCGAUACCAGCCCCAAUACCAGCCCCGGUACCACCUGAUACCAGCCCCGGUACCACCUGAUACCAGCCCCGGUACCAGCCCCGGUACCACCUGAUACCAGCCCCGGUACCACCUGAUACCAGCCCCGAUACCAGCUCCGUUACCAGACCCGGUACCAGCCCACCACCGUACGGACAGGCUCCACUGCACAGCCCAACAAAACAGACACGCUGUGAUUGUCUACUGGGAUGACCUGUUUUUGAAGAAUGUCCCCCAACCACCAGUUGCUGCUGAAACAAGAUGGCUCCCAGAAUCUGUUCCUUUUCUUUCUCCUGUGACAUAAUCCAGUUUGUUUUGGUGCACAACUGACUGACUUCAUUGUCCCCAUGGGGACAUGUUGUUGCAGUGUCAUGUUCACAUUUAAAGUUUAAAUACAAAACACAAUUGACAAAACAACUUUCAUAACAGUUACAUACCAAUAAAACAUGUUUUUAA